CCCUAGCCUGGACAUCAAACGACGAUGCCAUGACUGCACUCUCUCCCUUCUUUUGAUUUUCCCCCAUCCUCUCCAUGCCCUCGCUCCGUCUCUGCGGGCUCCGCCUGGCCGUCCUGGCCCCAGCCCGGUCAGGGGCAGCAGCACACCUGCAGCCUCCCGUCCGCCGCUCGCAGACGACGCGCCUCUCAUCCGUCACCGCCAAGAACACAAGGGAUGACAGACCGCCAAGCCCUGUGACAACCCACCCGGGAGGGGCAGGGACGCAGAGCACCGAGACCCGCGCCGCGCUGCCCCUCUUGACGCUGGCCAUCGAGACGUCAUGCGACGACGCCUGCGUGGCCGUCAUGGAGAAGCAGGGCGGCGCGGCCCGCUUGCUCUUCCACGAGCGCGCGACGGCCGACUGCCGCCGCUUCGGUGGCAUCCAGCCCGCCGUGGCCGUGGCGUCGCACACGGCCCGCCUCCCGGGCCUGGUCGAGAAGGCUCUGGGGCACCUGCCGCCGCCGCCGCCGCCGCCGCCGCCGCCGCCGCCGCCCGACCCGUUAGCGGGGGUACAGCCGGCGAGGACGUUCCGCCACGCCGGAGACGGGCUCACCCGCCGGGUCCCCGACUUCGUCAGCGUCACGCGCGGGCCCGGCAUCCCGACCGCCCUGGCCGUGGGGCUCAACCUGGCCAAGGGCCUGGCGGCGGCGUGGCAGGUGCCGCUGGUCGGCGUGCACCACAUGCAGGCCCACGCCCUGACGCCGCGUCUGGUCUCGGCCCUGGCCAACAGCGAGUGCCCGUCCUCCUCCGCCGCUGCCAUCUCGCCCGCCUUCCCUUUCCUGACGCUGCUUGUGUCGGGCGGGCACACGCUGCUCGUGCGCAGCGGCUCCCUCGCCGACCACCGCGUCCUCGCGCAGGCGCACAACAUCGCCAUCGGCGACUGCCUAGACAAGGCCGCGCGCGCCAUCCUGCCGCCGGCGUGGCUGCCCGCCGAGUGGGUCGAGAAGCAGCGGCUGCUCCCGGAGGAGGAGGAGGAGGAGUCACGAAGCCGACAUCAUCAUCAGCAGCACCCCGGGAUCGAGGGCAAGAGCUUCGGCGAGCUGCUCGAGCGGUUCGCCUUCCCCGACGGGCCGGCCGGCUACAACCACCCGGACGGCGAUUGCUACUACCGGCCGCCCGCCAGCCGCGCCGAGGAGCUCCGCACGCUCCGCCACAGGCGGCCCGCGCCCAACGGCGUCGGCCUGGGCGACACGUACGCGUGGGCUCUGUCGCCUCCGGGGGGCGAAGGGAAGAAGAUGGAGUUUAACUUUUCCGGCUUCCUGGGCUCCGUCAUCGCCGUCGUGCAGAAGCGCACGCAGGAGGGGAGGGAUCUGCUGCUGGCCAGGGCCUCUGACGCACCGACGGCUGCUACGCCCGCCGCCGGGCCCCCUUCUCCAGAACACGUGGCCUCCCAUGCGGAAUCUCCCUCGGCUGCUUCCUCCACAGACCCGUCGCACGCGGCAUUCUGCAACGCCGAGCGCCGCGCCCUGGCCCGCGAGGUGAUGCGGCUCCUGUUCGAGAACCUGGGCUCGCGCGCCAUCAUGGCGCUGCAGGAGGAGCGGCGCGCCCUGGCCGAGGCGACUGCAACUACGACCACGACUACGACCACGACGACGCAGACGCUCGUCGUGUCGGGCGGGGUCGCGAGCAACAGCUUCCUGCGCCACGUGCUGCGCGCCAUGCUGGACGCGCGCGGCUUCGGCCACGUCGGCGUCGUCGCGCCGCCGGCGUGCCUCUGCACCGACAACGCCGCCAUGGUCGCCUGGGCCGGCGUCGAGAUGUACGAGCGCGGCUGGACGACCGACGGCGCCGUGCUGGCCCUCAAGGAGUGGGGGCUCGACCCGGACGGGCCCGACGGCGGCGUCAUGGGACCUCCCGGAUGGGUCCGCUUGGGGACGGAGGAGGAGGCCUGAUGGUGACUGACGGGCUCGGGGGGCUUUACAGGGGCUUUUUUUCUUUUCCUUUUUGGUGUGUGUAAGAUAUAGGUGUUCAACAUGGACAUUAUGGGAUGUGUCGGACAAGUAAAGCCCGCCAUCUUCUGUAGGAGCACUACCGACCGUAUGUGGUGGUGUCAUGUAUUAUAGAUAAAUACCCAGAUAAAAGCACCCCGUCAUUUGAUUGUCG